UGAUCAUCUUGGAUGCAGUGGAAGAGACAUUGGGAUCGGUAACGGCGAUGGUUAGUGCGCACCUUUUGAGGGCGGCGCGGAUACGGAUCUCGGUUCCAUCAAUUGCUGUUGCCUUCUUUCCAACCUACGUACGUCAAUAUCACGGCGGCCAAACACCAGCACAAGAGUAUAGAUGUGAUGUUGACGCUGAACCAAUGCACCGCUAUCGACCAGGUGGCUACCAUCCCGUUGCAUUAGGCGAUUCCCUCAGCGAUGGACGGUAUAAAGUCCUUCAUAAGCUUGGCUGGGGCAGCUAUUCGACCACUUGGGCCGCCAAGGACCAGACGCAUGAUCGCUAUGUUGCACUCAAGAUCACAGUUGCCGAAGCGAGAAGAAGUCGAGAUACCGAAAUAUUCCAAAGCCUUGCUGCUUCACCAAGAAAUCACGAGGGGUCGUGUUACGUGAACCAAAUGUGGGAUCAAUUCACUCUUAUUGGCCCCAAUGGCUCACACGAUUGUUUAGUAUUGGAUCUCGUUGGGCCCAAUAUUGCAGACAUCAUUGAUAGCCACUGCAGAGGUGACAGACUGCCGUCUCACGCUGCAAAGUCGAUCUCGAGACAGGUAUUGCAAGGGAUCGAUUAUCUUGCUUCCAACGGCAUCGGGCAUGGUGACCUUCACACUAGGAAUAUUGCUCUGGAGAUUCCGGAGCUGCAUUUGCUAAGCGAGAGAGAUUUAAUUGCUAGGCUUGGUGACCCUGAGAUGGGCUUAGUCACCAGGCGAGACGGCAAGCCCUUGUCAUCCAAUAUACCAACAUGUAUCGUCCGACCUUCAUCUUUCAGACACAAGGACGUCCAACGUCUGCUCUCGUCGCCAUCUAUCAAGAUAAUUGACUUUGGUGAAGCUUUCUUCAACCACGAUACGCUCAAUACAUUACAUACCCCGCUACCAGUACGCGCACCAGAGAUUGUGUUUGGAGACCGACUCAAUAACCGAGUAGACUUAUGGAGCACAGGAUGUCUGGUAAUCACCACCUGA